UCAAAAUGGCGCGUGCUGACAGAAAAUGAGCAAAUCUCACCAGUUUCUGGUGCCUUUUUGGCCAGAUAUUUCUCGCCAAUCGCCACUCAAAGUAUUCAAAACAUUCUAGACUUUUGAUUCUAUAUUUCCUGGGGGAAUUUGAAGACCGUUAGAAGGCUUGUGGGUUGGAUAGGUGGAAGAAUUUUGACGGUUUUCUGUCCAGAUCCAGACGAAGACAUCAAAACCCAUUGGGCUCAUGAUCAGCAGUAUACAAGAAGAAGAAGAAGAAGAAGAAACCCAGCAACAUGGCGUCUUCUUCGUCUGGAUCUUGUAAUCCGGGAGAUCCCGCCUUGAUCAACAGUAUCGUGGAUCACCUGAAGUCGCAGGGACUGUUCGACCAGUUCAGAAGGGAUUGCCUGGGUGACGUGGAUACAAAGCCCGCGUACCAGAACCUGCGCUCUCGUGUGGAAACUUACGUGUCCAACUUCCUGGGGAACCAGAAAUGGGAGCCGAGUCUGAACAAGAACCAACUGAGAAACAACCUACGGCAGCAGAUCAACCAGUCUGGUAUCCUAUCCUCGGGAAUAGACCGUGUUAUACACCAGGUGGUUGAGCCCAAGAUACAGCAUGUGUUCAGACCACAGAUAGAGAAGGUUGUCCAUGAUCAUGUGGCUCGAGAGGAGGAGAAGAAAAAGUGGGAGGAGGAGAGACGGAGGGCAGAAGAGCUCAUCAAGACACGCCCCGAACCUCCACCAAUCAAGACAGAGCCACCCGGCCGUUCCACCAAACAGGACUCCCCCCACGCUAAACCCUUCGGGAGUUUACCCAUAGACUUGCCCAUUCCCAUAUCUUCUCCAAAGACCGAGUUUCCCUCCUCCGUGAAAACAAGAGAGUCGGGAAGCGGCGAAAAAUCCGGGAAACGACCUUCGGAUUCUUCACGCCAAGGGAAAGCCGAACUUUCUAAGAAGAGAUCCUCAAAUGAAACAAGCAGCCAGGGAGAUACCAAAAGUAGAGAGGGGAGGGGUGUACCGGAGGGGAAAAUACACAGUCCAGAAAGAAAGAAAGUCGGCUUAGACCAAAAGGGUUCCUUUGUCAGCGAAAACAAGAAAAGUGAUCCAAGACUGGAGUCCACCAGGGUUGGUCAAGAAUCCAAGUCUCCUGUGAGUGCAGGUCAGAAGAUAGAAACAGAGUCAAAGGAUCCUAAAAUCUCAGCACCAAGCCAAGUGAUUCUGGGACAAGCAGGGGAAAUAAAGAAGUCCUCGUCCGAUAACAAAUCGAGCGAAAAAGCAGCGAAGAUUAAACAGGAACCUUCCAGAGUUGGAGAGAGCGGGGAGAGGUUGCAGACCAAAGAAAAAUCAGAAUCAUCAUCGAAACCAGAGAAACACAACAAGCCAACAAAGCCUCCCAAGCCCUCCAGAUCUGACGACUUGGCUAAACCAGCCAAGGUUCCAAGAAAAGACGAGUCCCCGAAGCCAGAAAAGAAGAAAGAGGACUCCCAAAGGCCCCCAAAGACCUCAAAGUCGGAAGAUUCGAUGAAACCGUACAAGAUACCCAAAAAGGACGACACUUCUAAAUCCUACAAGAUCCCCAAGACUGAAGACUUGUCCAAGAUGCACAGACGGGAAGACUCCCCUAAACAUUCCAAGGUGGCCAAAUCUGAUGACCCUUCUAAAGUAUCUAAGAUGAGCAAGACUGAAGACUCUAGCAGGUCUCCUAAAGUGUCCAAGAGUGAGGACCCAACCCGAUCCGGUAAGUUGCCAAGAAAAGAAGACGCUUCAAAAACUUCCAAAAUCACCAAAACUGACCCCACAAAAUCAUCAAAGGUCUCCAGGUCAGAGAUGUCUAAAUCUGUGGAUUAUAAAGGAAAAUCUGCCAAAGUUGGGGAUUCAAAGGUUCAGGGAGAUGUAAGGUAUAAGUCAUCAUCAAAGUCUGCUUCAACAGAGGAAAGUAAAACCAAGAAAGAGACGGCAUCGGCGACAAGUAAGAGUUUAGAAGAAAAGAAGCACAGAGAGAAAGAAAAAGAAGACACAUCAAAAGUGAGGGAUGACAGAAGAAGUAAAGAAAGGGAGGAAUCGGACAAAAGGAGGGAAGAGAAGAAGCUGAAAGAGAAGGAUGUAACACCGAAAAUUGCAGAAGAAAAGAAAGGAGAUGACAAGGAAGCUCCAUCAAAGAUGAUCUCUGAGAAAGUGAUGAAAGAUGGUGAAGCAGAGCCCUCUAGCAGCAAGAGCAAGAAGUACAGCAUUCAGGAGAAGAAAAGUGACCACAAGCCAGUGUCCAGCCGUCAGCCCGGGGAUGAAGACCUGGACAACCUGUCGGUCAGCUCGGUCCACACCAGUGACCUGUCGUCCUUUGACGAGGAGAUCAGCUCUGUUUCGUCCAGUGAGAUUGAGGAUGAACUCUCGCAACAAGAGGGUAAGGACAGAAGUAAAUCUGACCUGAAUGACACAGAAGGGAGCUCCAUGCAAAUGGUGAGAGUUAGUGCUGGUGAGGUGCAGGUCCAGGUAAAGCAUGGUGAGGCCGCGGACGUACAGGGUCCUCCUGUCCAGGCACGCGUUAACGUUGCUGACAGUGAAGACACCAGUCGACCAGGCAGUAAGAGUUCUGGAUGGGAGGGGGCCAGUCCGGGAGCCGCGGAGGGUCGAAGGUCACGCAGGCGGAAGCAGGUUUCGUAUCGCAAGAUGCUGUCAGGACAGUACAGCGACAGCGAGGAAGAGGAGACUAAGGAGGAACGAAGGGCACGGAUUGCAAAGGAGAAAGAAGAAAGACUACUGCGUCGACAGAAGGCAAAAGCAGAGAGAGCUGAGAAAAGGCAACUCCAGGGACCAGGUGGGACUGAACAGGCUACUGCAGACAAGAGCAGCACUGAACUGAAAGAGGAGAGCCCCUCGACCAAGGAGUCGCCGCAAGAUCGUCGAAAGAAGGUCAUGGAGCAGCGCAAACAGAGUCUUAAGGAGGCCAAGAAGGAACAGAAGGUUCUUGAGAAGAAGCGAGCCUUGCGCAGAAGGUUGACGGUCAACCCCAAGUACAUGUCGGAAGACUUCGCCUCGCUGGACUUCCACAUUGCAGGAGAGCGGGAAAGCAUUGUUGCAGUGGAAGGACAAGAACCAGUUGUUGUUGAGGCAGAAAAUGCACCGAUGAAGACAGAAGACAUAGCCCCAGGACCUGUAGCCCCUCCUGCCGUUCAAGAAAAGGUGGAAGAAGCAACUAGUAAAACAGUGAGUCAGGCCCAUGUAAAAAGAGUGCCAACACCGACUAAUGUCCCAGCCAAGCCACGUCCUCGGAGAAGAGGCUCCACAAAGAUACAGGUAGAGCUGGAGAAGAGACAGGUGCAACUGGGCUGUUACACAUAUUCCUUCAGUUUACCUAAGCCAGGCAGUGCUAACUACCUGCUGUGUACGACUGCCUCCAUCCCUGAAGUGUUACAGAACUCACAGCCCAACAAGCCCAAGAAGAGAAGAGCCUCCAACGUAGGGGCUGUUUCAGCCGCAGCCAGACCUGGGUCUGCACAGGGGCGGGGGAGGAGGAGACUUCCAAUUUAA